UAAUUUCCGAAAACAACAAUCACAAAAUGCCUUUCCCACGUGAACAAUUAGAAUCGGCCUGCGGUGAAAAGCUGUGCAAAUCGGAAACCAUUAAACUAAGAAAUAAACAUAUUGGCCAAGCCUGUCAACUAUUCUAUCGUUCGGACCCUCUGAAAAUUGUGCGAGGUCAGGGCCAGUACAUGUUCGAUGAACAGGGCUCCUGUUAUCUGGAUUGUAUAAAUAAUGUGGCCCAUGUGGGCCACUGUCAUCCCAAGGUGGUGAGGGCCGGUUGCUUGCAAAUGGCUACAAUUUCUACCAAUAAUCGUUUUCUGCACGACGAAUUGGUGCAGUGUGCCAAAACAUUGACCAGUAAAAUGCCGGGACAAUUGUCGGUAUGUUUCUUUGUCAAUUCAGGGUCGGAGGCCAAUGAUUUGGCAUUACGUUUGACCCGAAAUUAUACCAAACGUCAGGACAUUAUUACAUUGGACCAUGCCUAUCACGGUCACUUGACAUCGGUAAUGGAAAUUUCCCCCUAUAAAUUUAAUCAACCCGGUGGUGAUCCAAAACCUGAUUAUGUCCACGUUGCUCCCUGCCCCGACGUGUAUGGUGGCAAAUAUAAGGACAAAGAUUAUCCCAAUGCUGAUAUGGCUGAAAUUUACACGAAACCCAUACGUGAUAUUUGCGAACAGUUGAAGGCUCAAGGUAAAGGUGUGGCGGGUUUCAUUGCCGAGUCGCUGCAAAGUUGUGGUGGUCAGAUUAUACCGCCUGAAGGCUAUUUUAAGGCUGCCUAUGAUAUUGUUCGCGAAGCGGGUGGUGUUUGCAUCGCCGAUGAGGUGCAGGUUGGUUUUGGUCGUGUCGGCAGCCACUAUUGGGCCUUUGAAACGCAAGGUGUUAUACCCGAUAUUGUAUGCGUUGCCAAGCCCAUGGGUAAUGGUCAUCCAGUUGGUGCUGUGGUCACAACUCCAGAAAUUGCCGAAGCAUUCUAUAACACCGGUGUGGCAUAUUUCAAUACCUAUGGUGGUAAUCCCGUGUCGUGUGCCAUUGCCAAUGCCGUGAUGCGUGUCAUCGAAGAGGAGGGUCUACAGGAAAAUGCCCGCAUUGUGGGUGAUUAUUUGCUCCAGCAAUGUCGUGAACUUAAAUAUGAAUUUGAGAUAAUCGGUGAUGUUCGUGGUGUGGGCCUCUUUGUUGGCGUCGAGUUGGUCAAAGAUCGUGAUACACGUGAACCCGACACAAAAGCUGCCCAUUGGAUUGUCAAUCGCAUGAAACAGGUCCAUCAGAUAUUAGUCUCCUCCGAUGGACCCAAUGACAAUGUGAUCAAACUAAAGCCUCCCAUGUGCUUCAGUCAAAAGAAUGCCGAUGAAUUCCUGUUGGCAUUCCGUGAAUCUCUGUCAUUUUUGGAGAAACAAAGAAAUGGCGACCAAUUGCCAGCCAGCAAUGCUGUCAAUUCGAAUUCCAACACUGCCAAUGCUGAGAGUAUGGCAAGUAAGACGCAGAUAUUUGAACGCCAGGAACGUUUGAUUAAAUCAGUUUAGGAA